UUCGAUGAUUCCUGUGUAACCGACGCUUGACGGCAGCGCCGCCGCUAUCCUUUACUAUCGGAUAUUUCUACUAUAUUUCUCUCCAAUUAUUACCUGAUUUGUUCUGUCGCCAAGAUCUGACCGGUCGAUUUUUUACGCUCUCAGGAACGGCCAAGGCCUUAGCUACCUUCCCAUGCAGGACGGAUGGCAUCAUGGACCAGUCAACCGCGUGGCUUGCGAUACGAAUACAUGCAAUGCGUGCUCGUGGGAGGCUCGGCGCAACAUACGCUAUAAAAUGUCAGAGUUCCCCAAGGUCUUAGCAUACGGUAUUUGUGCUUUGACUAGCUACGAUAUUCAGCUUGUGCGACACGAAGAGUCAAUAUGGGUAAACUCAGCUCCCUCGCAGUAGCGGCAGCGGCUCUAUCCGUAGCCUCUGCCCAGACCUUUCAACGCCUAGGUGCUUGCCCCGACCUAGGUUGUGUGCUACCUCCUGACCAAUCCGACUUCCUACCUGGUCAAUACUUUGACCUGCGUCUCGAAGUACAUGCCCCGGUCAAUGGCUCAGAAGCGUUCAAUGACGGCAAGCCGGAUGAGAACUUCUCCGUCACUAUUACCAAGGAAGGAGGCGAAGCUAAGGGCAUCGCUGAGUUCUUCGGCAUCGAGGAAGCUGAGCUUGAGAAAUGGGAUUUUAAGUGGUAUGAAGACCUCUUCGCUCAAGAUGCACACGCGCCAUCUGUCGUCAAUGUCGCGUCCAAGAUCUACCGCAAGAUCGCCAUCUAUGAGCCUGGAAACUAUGUUGUUACGUUGAGCUAUUAUGGUAACCAGACAACGGCGGCGAACUGGGUUGUUCGGCCUUUGGCUACGCAGAAGAAGGCUAAGAAUGUGAUUCUCUUUAUUGGUGAUGGUAUGACCACGAACAUGAUUACCGCCGCUCGUCUUCUCGGCCACAAGAGCAUCAACGGGAAAUAUCAAUCUCUGCUGCAGAUGGAUCAAUUCCCCGUUGUCGGACAUCAAAUGACCCAUUCAAUUGAUAGCUUCAUCACCGACAGUGCCAAUUCGGCUUCCGCCCUCUACACCGGCCACAAGAGUACCGUCAACGCUAUGGGCGUGUACGUGGAUUCAUCUGCGGAUUACUUUGAUGAUCCUAAAGUCGAGACUAUCGUGGAGUUAUUGAAGCGCACUUGGGAUUCAGCUUGGGGCGCAGUCUCAACUGCAUUCAUCGCAGAUGCGACGCCAAUCGCGCUCACCAGCCACAGUCGAUCUCGAUACGCCUACGGCGCUCUUGUUGACCAGGGCUUGAACUCACUUACCAAUUACUCCUGGACUAACCACGGCGGCCCUGAUGUUUGGUUCGGCGGUGGUGCCGAGCAAUUCUACCCCGGGUCGGGAAGCUACGAAGGCAAGGACUACUACGAAGCAUUCUCAGACGCUGGCUAUGAAAUUAGCUUAAACAAAACCUCUCUGCUGAAUCUUGGGAAUAGCAGCAGAGCCCUUGGAAUCUUCUGCCAGUCCAAUUUGCCCGUCUGGCUAGAUCGCAACGUUUUCACAGACAACAUUCAGACUUUCAAGAAUGACCCUCUUGGCUCGAAGAGUCCCGCUACCGACCUACCUGGCCUGAAGGAGAUGACUUUGAAGGCUAUUGAUAUACUACACACCCGGGGCGGAGACAAGGGUUUCUUCCUCAUGUCCGAGGGCGCAUCCAUCGACAAGCAAAUGCACGCGCUUGACUAUGACCGCGCGCUCGGCGACCUUCUCGAACUCGACGAUACCGUGCGCGCGACCGUUGCACAUCUUAAAGAAAUCGGCGAAUUGGAAAACACCCUAAUCCUAGUCACCGCUGACCACGGACACGGCUUCGAUGUCUACGGCGGCGUCGAUACUAAGUACCUCUCCGAGCAAGAAACCGACCGCGAGAAACGCAAAGCCGUCGGUACAUACGAGAAAUCCGGGCUAUCGCAGUACACGGUUCCAGUCGAGGGAGUGUCCUACGGCACAGGCCCGAAUUUCCCCAUGAACUGGGAUCCGCGGUACACAUUCGCGCAAGGUCUUGGCGCGAACCCGGACCAUCGCGAGGAUUACCGUGUUCAUAAAUCGCCCCGCAAGGUUGUGAGCAGCACGCCUGGAUUCGACGAAGAGGAUUUAUUCGUUGAUGCAGCGGAUAGUCCCGAUGGUUUCGUGGUUAAUGGCACACUAUCGGUUACUGAGAGCGCCGGUGUGCAUUCGCUUACUGAUGUUGCGGUUUUUGCUAUGGGGCCGUGUCAAGAAACGUUUGGGGGUGUGUAUGGAAAUAUUGAUGUUUUUUAUAAGAUGGCGAGUUGUCUGGGGUUGGCUAGGCCGGAUAAUAAGGUGCCUGGUAAGCCGGGGAAUGGGACGGAGGGGGGCUGUGGGAACAAGCAUUAAGAGCGGUUUGAUCGUGAAGCCGGGAGUUGAGGAUUGGAAAGAUGAUGUGACGAGCGAAAAUGGCUAGAGUAGGGUAAGGUGCAUCGAUUCAGCGGCGGAUUAUAGCGUCGUGUAUAUAGUUUAAUGUUAAUGUAUUGAGAUACUUUAUGGAUGUUGUCUAUUGACUUUCGGCUUAUAGGUCCGCUUCGCUUCGGGUAUCACCAACAACAGCGGCAACAAAUGACCAGAACCGAGAGAGUGAAGCAAGCCCUUCCAC